AUGAUGAGUAGGCGCCGUUCGCGUGCCGGCUCUUUAGCGCAUUUAAAUCCCAGCCCUACAGCUAGCGGCGGAUAUUCAAAUUUAAGAAAUUCCUCGACAAAAAUGCAUCAUAUAGGAAUUGAUCAAAUUGCAAGGUUAGCGGCAGAAGAAGCACGAAAAGAACAACAACGACAGGCACAAGAAGGAUUUGGUGCUAUUGGCAGGAAAGCUGGUGGAUUGGGGGGAAAGGAAAAGGGCCCUUCAUCAUUGUUCAUUUUCAGCGAAGAAAAUAUUAUUCGACGCAAUGCAAAAGCUAUUAUUGAAUGGGGACCUUUUGAAUUUUUUAUUCUUGUUACAAUUAUUUUGAAUUGUGUUGUACUUGCUAUGGAGCAGCAUUUACCAAAGAACGACAAAAAACCAAUGUCAGAAAAAUUGGAAAAAACAGAGCCAAUAUUUAUGGCCAUAUUUUGUAUUGAAUGUGUAUUAAAAGUUAUAGCAUUUGGGUUUGUUAUGCAUAAAGGAUCUUAUCUUAGAUCUGGAUGGAAUAUUAUGGAUUUUAUUGUUGUUGUUACUGGAGUCCUCACAAUGAUGCCUUUCUCUCCAUCUGGCGGUGAUAAGUCUGAAGGUGUUGAUUUACGAACAUUAAGAGCUGUUCGAGUAUUAAGGCCUUUAAAAUUAGUUAGUGGAAUUCCUAGUUUACAAGUUGUUUUAAAAUCAAUUUUAUGUGCAAUGGCACCCCUCCUUCAAAUAGGCCUUUUGGUGCUUUUUGCAAUUGUUAUUUUCGCUAUUAUUGGAUUAGAAUUUUAUUCAUCUGCCUUCCAUGCUGCUUGCUACAAUGAAUUUGGAGAAAUUGUUAAUUUAAGUGAAAAACCCUUUCCUUGUUCUAAUAAAUCUGCCUCUACAGGAGCUUAUAAUUGUGAUGUGCCUGGUGCUAUUUGUUUAAGCCAAUGGAUUGGCCCAAAUUAUGGAAUUACUUCUUUUGAUAACAUUGCCUUUGCAAUGAUUACAGUCUUUCAAUGUAUUACUAUGGAGGGGUGGACAACAAUUAUGUAUUAUACAAAUGAUUCACUGGGAAGUACUUACAAUUGGGCAUAUUUUAUUCCUUUAAUUGUUCUCGGUUCUUUUUUUAUGCUUAAUUUAGUUCUUGGUGUUCUUUCUGGUGAAUUUGCUAAAGAAAGAAUGCAACAAAUUAAUAGAGAAUUGGAAGGGUAUAUUGAAUGGAUAUUUGCGGCUGAAGAUGUUAUUUUACAGGAAGAAAGGACAACUGAUGAAGAAAGGGUUACUAUUAUGGAAGCUCGUCGCCGUGCCAAUAAAAUGAUACAAAAAGAAGGAGGUAUAGGGAAACAAACAAGUGUGGAAACUGAAGAAGAGGAGGAGGAAGAAGAUGGGGAAGAGUAUGAUAAUGAUCAAGAUGAUGAUUUAGUUGUAGAUAAUAGACUUGGAAAUAAUAGAUUGGGUGCUGAUAAUAUGUAUCUCAAUUCACAUACUCUUCCAAUUCGAGGACGUAUAGAUUCUUCUGCUGAUGUUGGAAAGAAAAUGACAGUUUUAUUCUUUUCUUCCUCCUUUUGGCAUAGAAAAAUGCGUCGUAUCCGUGUUUGUUUAAGACAUGUUGUUAAAUCACAAAUUUUUUAUUGGAGUGUAAUUACUCUUGUUUUUUUAAAUACUGUUUGUGUUGCGUCUGAACACUAUGGCCAACCUGAAUGGUUUACUGAAUUUUUAAAAUAUGCAGAAUUUACUUUUCUUGCAAUUUUCAUUAGUGAAAUGCUUAUUAAAAUAUUUGCAAUGGGUUAUAGAACAUAUUUUACAUCAAAAUUUAAUCGUUUUGAUUGUAUUGUUAUUGUUGGCUCUGCUAUUGAAGUUGUAUGGGCAGAAGUGAAAGGAGGAUCUUUUGGUAUUUCUGUUCUUCGAGCACUCAGACUUCUUAGAAUAUUUAAAUUAACUUCAUAUUGGUUAAGCCUUCGAAAUUUGGUUCGAUCAUUGUUACAUUCAAUGCGUUCAAUUAUUUCACUUCUUUUCCUUCUCUUUCUUUUUAUUGUUAUUUUUGCAUUGUUGGGAAUGCAAUUAUUUGGUGGCAAAUUCAAUUUUCAAAAUUAUCAUCCUUACACUCAUUUUGAUACAUUUCCUAUUGCAUUAAUUACUGUCUUUCAAAUAUUAACUGGCGAAGAUUGGAAUGAAGUUAUGUAUUUAGCAAUUGAAUCUCAAGGGGGUAUUUAUGGUGGUGGAAUGGUUUAUUGUAUUUAUUUUAUUGUUCUUGUACUCUUUGGAAAUUACACAUUAUUAAAUGUUUUCUUGGCUAUUGCUGUAGAUAACUUGGCUAAUGCACAAGAAUUAACGGCUGCUGAUGAAGCAGAUGAAAAGGCUAACGAAAUGUACGACGAAGAAGACGAAUCCUUAGGUUUCGAUGAAAGAGAUUUAGAAAUAGGUGCUGGGAUUGAUGUUGAAUUAACUAGAGAAUUGGAUGGUAAUCAAAUUAAUUGGAAAAAAAAUAAAUUAAAUAAAAUUAAAGAUGAAGAAUUUGAUGAAGAGGACAGCCCAUUUGGCGGUCCAAAACCAAUAGUUCCUUAUUCUUCAAUGUUUAUUCUUUCACCUACUAAUCCGUUCCGUUGUCUUGUACACAGCGUUGUAGCUACGAAAUAUUUUGAAAUGGUUGUAAUGGUUGUAAUUUGUGCUUCGAGUAUUUCUCUUGCAGCGGAAGACCCUGUUGAUGAUGAAAAUCCUCGAAAUAAAAUUUUACAAUAUUUUGAUUAUUGUUUUACUGGGGUUUUUGCUUGUGAAAUGUUAUUAAAGUUGAUUGAUCAAGGAGUUAUUUUACACCCAGGUUCCUAUUGCCGUGAUUUUUGGAAUGUUUUGGACGGUGUCGUUGUUGUUUGUGCUCUUAUAGGAUUUGCAUUUUCUGGAACAUCUGGCGCCACUGGGAAAAACUUGAGUACAAUAAAAUCAUUGAGGGUACUUAGAGUGUUGCGCCCACUAAAAACAAUUAAAAGAAUCCCAAAACUUAAAGCUGUAUUCGAUUGUGUUGUUAAUUCAUUAAAGAAUGUCUUCAAUAUUCUUAUUGUUUAUUUUCUUUUUCAAUUUAUUUUUGCUGUCAUUGCCGUCCAGUUGUUCAAAGGCCGUUUCUUUUACUGUACUGACCGAACUAAACGAUUUGCUUCUGAAUGUCAUGGCCAAUAUUUUGUUUAUGAUUCUGGAAAUUAUUUUCCACGUGUCGAAACUCGAGAAUGGCGUCUAAGACCUUUUAAUUAUGACAAUACACUUAACGCUAUGCUGACACUUUUUGUUGUUACGACUAGCGAAGGUUGGCCAGGCAUUCGACAAAAUUCUAUGGACACCACAUUCGAAGAUCAAGGCCCCCAACCUUAUUAUCGUGUUGAAGUUGCACUCUUUUAUGUAAUGUUUUUCAUUGUCUUUCCCUUUUUCUUUGUUAAUAUUUUUGUUGCCUUGAUUAUUAUAACCUUUCAAGAGCAAGGAGAAGCUGAACUUUCUGAAGGGGAUUUGGAUAAAAAUCAGGCAAUUCAGUUGAAUUUUAAAUUUAGUAAUAAUUAA